AUCCCAUUUAAAAUUAUGAAGGGACACAGUCAUAUUGUGAGUUCCUGUAACUUCUGUGUGGAUGACACAAAGCUCCUCAGUGGCUCCUAUGACUGCACUGUGAAGCUGUGGGAUGCUGUGGAUGGCUCAGUCAUUCGGGAUUUUGAGCACAGGCCCAAUGCUCCUGUUUUAGAGUGCAGCGUGACGGCUGACAGCAAAAGAAUUAUUGCAGCGUCCUAUGACAAAGCAGUGAGGGCUUGGGACCUUGAGACAGGCAAGCUGCUGUGGAAGAUCAAUCAUGAAACCUUCAUAGCCUCCUGUAAGCUUUCUCCUGAUGGCAAAUACGUGGUCUCAGCCUUGGACGUGGAUCGCGGAAUCUGUAUAACAGAUGCGGAAAACGCCACCACUGUGUCACACAUCAAAAAUCAUCACAGCCGGUCUCUCACGGCAUGCUGCUUUGACCCCGACAGCCAGAAGGUGGCUUCCGUCUCAUUGGACAAAAGCAUCAAGAUCUGGGAUAUCACAUCCCAAGCCACGCUGCUCACCAUCACCAAGGCACAUUCCAGUGCGAUCUCUAACUGCUGUUUCACCUUCAGUGGCCAUUUCCUGUGUACAAGCUCUUGGGAUAAAACCUUAAAAAUAUGGAAUGUCCAUACAGGGGAGUUUCGAAACUGCGGAGCCUGUGUGACUCUGAUGCAGGGCCAUGAAGGUUCUGUGAGCUCCUGCCACUUUGCCAGAGACACCUCUUUUCUCGUGUCUGGAGGGCUCGACAGGACUGUGGCUAUCUGGGAUGUAGGAGAAGGCUACCGGAAGCUCUCCUUGAAGGGCCAUAGUGACUGGGUGACAGAUGUUGCCAUUAGCAAUGACAAGAAACGGGUCCUGUCUUCUUCAAAGAAGUGUUAUUGCCCAGCAAAAUUCCUGGGCCGGCUCUCUGUGAGGGCCGCACCUAGCCAGGCCACCCUCAUCCAGGGAGCUGCUGGGAACAAGGAAAGCAGGUCCUCUUGUCCUCCUGUGGGGAGUCGCCAG